AUGACAGUUCGACCUGCUUCAGUGGCUCUCACGGAAGAUGAACGUCGUAGAAAACGUGUCAGGAAAGGAACCAAAAGUUGUUGGGAAUGCAAAAGAAGAAAGGUUAAAUGUCAAUUGAGUUCUGAAGAUGUUAGCAUUUGUUCCGGUUGUUUAUCACGUGGAACGACUUGUAUAAGUCAAGAAUAUCCAGAAGAACAUGAUUCAUCUGGUGGUCCUCAAAUUGGCGAACGCCUUGGUCGGAUAGAACUUGUACUCGAGAAGCUGAUGGCCAAAAUGGAACAAUACGAAGAGGAUGAUAAUGCGACAAAGAUUCAUACUCCAGAAAGUAUGGGUACUGGUGAUGUUCUUACACCAUUCACAACCACUACCUCGAAUGGAUACGAGAGUGCUACAACAGUACCGAUACUUGCUCUUUUUGAUAAUCCUGUCUUAGGUCGCCGAGAAAAGGAAAGUCAAACUGAGAUCACAACUCCUCAAGUUCAAUCAGCUGGAGAAAAGCCAUCUAAGCAAUGUCGACCACCAACAAAAGUUGAAAGGAUAAAAGAUGUCCUGAUAGAACUUCUUCCAUCACAAGAAGCUACCAAUACACUCUCUCACAUGAUGAUAGAGCCAACAGGAUUCAAUUCGAACCAUUCAUUCAAUCUUUCUAACAUCGUUAAAGAAACCCCUGCAACGAUAGCACAAACACUUCUUUACGUAGCUGUAUGUUUGCAGCAGGUACCUCAUGGAUAUGAUGCCAGUCAAUUAGGAUUUACCACAAGCGUGGAAACUCGAGUAGACAAAAUUAUCUCAACGGUCGCAGGCCUCGUCACUUCGGAUGACGAACUUGUGGCUUCUAUUCAUGGCCUGGAAUGUUUAAUCCUCCAAGGAUUGUUUCACAUGAAUGCUGGAAAUUUACGUCGUGCAUGGCUUACCUUUCGUCGAGCUAUGAAUAUCGGUCAACUUAUGGGUCUACAUAAACGUGAAGAGCUUGGCAGUGUACCCUUACCACCAGGGGGAAAUCAUAUUUGGAGGAGUUUAAUGCAAGCAGACAGAUAUUUAUGUUUACUCCUAGGGAUGCCUGCUGGAUCAGAGGAUACCAUGAUUUUGCCACACGAAACAUUCAGCAAUCCUAAUAUUGAUCAUGAACUUCUAUUCAGUCGGAAACUCACAAAUUUGGCUGGAGGAAUCAUCAAUCGAAAUCAAUCCGACUAUAUCCAUGCUUUUACUAGCACACAAGAACUUGAUGAAAGGCUUGAAAAUAUUGGGAGGGAAAUGCCUUCGUCAUGGUGGGAAGUACCAGCUUAUAUCGACACCGUCAGCAAAGAUUCCAAAUCCGCCGCAAAAUUUGAUCGAGUCAUGUCACAAAUUUACUAUUAUCAAUUGGAAUCAUUUCUACAUCUACCAUUUAUGGUUCGAGCUGCCACAGAACGUCGAUACGAAUAUAGUAAAUUCACAUGUCUCAAAUCAUCUCGAGAAAUCAUAUUCCGUUACCUCACUAUCAGACGAUCAGGUACCAGAUCAUUCUGUUGCAAAGUUGUCGACUUCGGAGCAUUCACAGCAUGCGUAACCCUUCUCCUGAGUAUCCUCGAGACCUCUCCGGCAGGAGGCGAUACCAUCGCAGUCCAAGAGCAAAAGCGAUCCGACAAAGAACUCGUGGAGACCGUCCUCGCUGCCAUGCACGAAUGCGCCGCAGAAGAAGACGUCAUGGCCAUUCAAAGCGUAGAUGUCAUCAAAACCCUCCUCGCAUCCACCAGCACCAGUGGAAAUUUACGUCUCACCAUUCCAUAUUUCGGAACUAUUUCAAUCGCACGUACACCAGCAUCAUCUUCCACUCCCACGGUUAAUACAACGCAAUCUGCAACCCCUAAUCUCAACACAAAUUCUUCUUCUUCAUCGAAUACUACCCCAUCCCUGAUAUCUAAUAUGACUCCUACGGAAUCUCAACAGGCUCAAACUCAAUUCGAUCCAUUGAGUUGUCCAUGGGCAGCUCAACCCACCGUUUCGUUCAAGAGUAGUCAAUUCCCUCCGUUGGAACCAGAACAACAGCCAUUUGAAGAUUGGUCGGGGUUACAGCCGGAUACGAUGUUUUUUGAUAGUUUGCUGAAUACGGAUUUGGAGGGAAAUUGGUAUUUUUAA